CAUAAACAAGAAACUGUAAAAAAAAUCAUAAUUUUUUUAAAACGUAACAAAAAUAUUAGUUUUUGAGUUAAAAUCUUAUCUAAAGAUAUGAUUAAAGUUGAAAUAACAGACGGUAUCCUUGAAGGCACGGAGGAGAAAAAUAAAUACGGUGACAGUUAUUUUAGCUUUAAAGGCAUCCCCUACGCGGAACCACCUCUAGGUGAUCUCAGAUUUAAGGCUCCACAGAAACCUAAGCCUUGGAAAGGUGUACGACCCGCAAAAGAAUUCGGCCCAAUUUGCUAUCAGUAUGACGUAUAUAAUAAAAAAAUUCAUGGCAGCGAAGACUGUCUGUACCUCAACGUGUAUACGCCUGAACUAAAACCGACUAAACCCAUACCAGUAAUGUUCUGGAUUCACGGAGGAGGAUUGAUCAAUGGAAGCGGUAAUGACGAUUUAUAUGGACCUGAAUUCCUCAUCAGACAAAACGUUAUACUUGUCACAAUUAACUAUAGACUCGAAGUCCUUGGAUUCCUUUGUCUUCAUACCAAAGACGUGCCAGGAAACGCAGGGAUCAAGGACCAAGUGGCUGCGUUACGGUGGGUGAAUAAAAACAUUGAACGCUUUGGUGGAGACCCAGACAAUGUAACAAUAUUCGGUGAAAGUGCUGGUGGAGCGUGUGUUUCUUUUCAUUGCAUGUCACCCAUGAGCAAAGGGUUGUUCAAAAGGGCAAUAAUACAAAGUGGUAUAGCGACAUGCUGGUUACCAAAUGUAUUCCAACCUCGCGAACGUGCUCUCGUAUUAGCGAGAGAUCUAGGCUGUGAGUCUGACAAUGAAACUGAUAUAAUUGAAUUUUUCAAAUCACAGCCUAUUGAGAAUCUUAUUAAUAAACAAAUAAAACUAACUUUAAUGGAAAACAUUAAGGAAUAUCCAUGCGUAUCUUUUGGAAUUGUGAGUGAAAAGGAGUUUCCUGGUGUAGAGAGAUAUUUCCAUGGCGAUAUUUAUGACGUUUUGAGGAAAGGGAUUCAUGAAGACAUAGAAGUAAUGAAUGGAUACACAGAAGACGAAGGAAUUAUAUUCUUGGCCGGUAAUUGCGACCUGCCAAAAAUUUAUGAACAAUCCAAUAACUGUUUGGAAUAUUUCGUCCCAAAACCUAUAGAAAUCAAUUGUCCCCUAACAAUUCAAAUAGAAGUGGGCACAAGACUCAAAAAAUUCUAUUUUGGGCAGCAAAAAGUAUCCAGCGAUACUUUGGAUCAAUUUGUAAAAUAUGUUUCAGCAGAUAACUUUAUAUAUCCGUCGAUUUUAUGGCAAAAGAUUGUGGCAAAGAGAAAUAAAAAUGUGCUUUUCUUUUACAAAUUUAACUGCAAGUCUGAGAGGAAUAUCUUCACCCAACUGAUGGGUAUACCAGAUUUGUUCCAAGACCAAACAGUAGUGUGUCACGGCGACGAUCUUCCCUACAUCUUUCCGGUUAAAAUUUUUGAACAGAACAUUUCAAUGGAUUCUGAAGCCUUUAAAAUGAUUGACAAAGUAACAAAAUUGUGGACGAAUUUUGCGAAAUAUGGAGAUCCGACACCAGACAACACAUUAGGCGUUAAAUGGUCACCAUAUACCAGGAAAGAGGAAAAUUACAUCAUCAUAGAACAGUUUUUGACAGCAAGCAAGGCACCGGACUCCAGUACAUUCGAUUUUUGGGAAUCAAUUUUCAAAGAGUUCUACCCUCAUGUAACAGUAUGAGAAUGUCAGAGAUCAACAACAUUUACAAUAUAAAAAGAUUCAAUUACUUACCUUGAUAUACCAGCCAGCAAAUAUCUUAAUUUGUUCCUGAAAAAGAAACAAGAAUACAUUAUUAUUAAUACAUUGCGUUACAUGC